AUGAGGGUGUGGGGGGUGUGUACCAGGGCUGGAUCUUCAGUCCUGGUGUCGUAUUGUGUUAACGUACUUACAUUGUUAACUUAUACAAGCCUACUAGAAUUAGAUGAAUUUAACUUAAAUAUUUUUACUUCAAAAAAUUUUCAAUUAAAUAUCACUUAUGGAAAUAAAGAAAAUUUUGAUAAUAAUUGGAAUCACAUUUGUAUUGCUUCUAAUGGGGAUAAUUCAAAUAAUUAUUUAAGUCUAUAUUUAAAUGGAAAUUUAAUUAAAAAUUUAAUAUUUUCUUGGAAAUGGCCUGAAUUAAUAAAUAACGAGUGUAUUGUUUUUAUUGGAGAAAAUGGAAAUGAAGAAAAUAAUAAUUUUAUUGGACAAAUUAGCAAAGCUGAACUUUAUUCGGAAUUAUUUAAUUCAAAACAAAUUAAUUAUUUAUUGAAUAAUUGUUUAAAUAAUAAUUAUUUUUCUAUUGAACCGUCAAUUGCUUGGACUGAUUUUAGUAGUGUUAUUGUUUAUAAUUCGGCAAUUAUUGUUAUACAUCCCGGAAUUUGUUUAAAUAAUUAUUGUAAAUUUGGAGAAAAUAAUUGUUUUAAUGAAAAUAAAAAUUGUAAUUUAAAUUUUUAUUUAAAAGAUAUAUACUCUAUAAGAUAAACCCUUAGGGUUUUGUGUACUUUAGAGGUGAGGGAGGCAUUAUUUCGCAAUAAUAGAUACCCUCUAUUUUAGGAACAUAUUAUCCCCUUUUAUUCCAUAUAUCCCCUUUAUCCCGUAUUAUUCGACCUAUAAUCUUUACCGGCUUUUAGUUCAUAUAUCCACUUUAUCCCUCUUCUACCGACCUAUAACCUUUACCCCCUUUUAUUCCAUAUAUUCCCUUUAAGAUAAGUCCUCAGGAUUGUGUGUAUGUUAGAGGUGACGGAUUUUUAUUUCCCAAUACACUUCUAUUUUAAGGAUACAUUUUUUUUAAAUAUUGGUUGGACGUUGGGUUGUUGGAGCUGCCUAAGCGAUACCCUCUUCUUUUUAAGACAUAAGGACGAUUU